AUGGAAGGUUUGGAAGGCUCAGAGGAGGGAAAGAAGAAAUCCAAGUUUAAAGCCUUUAGGAACUUUUUUGGCAAGAAGAAGAAGAAGGAACCGGAAGACAUCAUGGAAAGGAGAGGACUAAAACCAAGGUUUACCAGCACUAUGAAGCCAGUUCUGGAAGCCCAAGCGGUAGAGCACAAGCCUAAGAGCAGCAUGGGAAGCAAGGCCAUAUCCCAUGAUAGUGUCUUCGGUUUGGAGCCUGAACCUGAAAAAUCAGCAAGCAAACUUCUAUCUUCUCCUGAGACACAGAGAACCAGAUCACGGAAGAAAUCUUCUAUUUCCAGAACUCUGCCUAGAAUCUUAGGAAAUGAUGUCCUGAGAACUUUCAGUGGAUCUAUUGGCCGCUAUGAUACCAAAAGUGAACUCUGGGUUUCGGGUUCCAAGGUUUCUGAGAUUCCCCCUCUGCGUUCCCGGAAACUCAGCGUCAGCCCAACUGUUGUCCGAUCUGAGAAAGUCUCCAAGGACUUGGAGACAGUUGAUGACAAGACAACCAUGAGCUCCAAAAGGAUGUCUUCAUCACAUUGUUCAUCAAUAACAAGGAAGAGCACUUCAGAACUGUCCUCAGAUCUUGACCUAUCACAGUCCUCUCUAAGCAGCACACAGCAGCUUUCGGGGUUCAGCAUGCCAGCCACCUCACAAGGCUGUUUGGAUUCUUCAGCUGCUAAACACAAGAUAGCUGUGAACCCCCGGAAACAGAAGAGGAAGAAGGCAAUUUCCUUGUCUGCCAGAACAAAGCAGGAAGAGCAGCAUGCUGUGACGGAGACUAAAGAAAAAGCAACAAUUAAGCCAAAGCAAGCAGAUGUAAAGGAGAAGAAGGACAGCACAGGGCCCCCAAGCCAGGAGCAGAGCAACAAAACUGAAACUCAGGAUAAGAAGACAAGGGAUCAGACUUUAAGUACCGAUGCUGCCUCGAGCACAGGCCAUUCAACCUCAGAAUCCCACCCAAGAAGACGUAGAAGAAGGGUCAAAAAUGAGUGGGGGAUCAUAGAAAAAAGCCUUGUAAAAUCCACUCAAGAGCAUGACUGGGGCAGUAAAGCUGAGUCCUCACCUAGUGAAGAGUUGGCUGGUAGGGAGCACUCAUUCUUGAAGCUUUACCUGGAGAAGCAAGGCACAGAGCAGAUCACAACUGCAGAAGGUACUACUCCUCGGGAGAUGCCUUCAGAUAAAAGGAAUGUGAAGGGGAAAAUGGCUGACAGAGAUGUUGAAGCCCAAAGAACACCAGCACCACGACCAACAGAUGUGGCAGAGUCCAGGGUUAGUGGUCCACCACCCAGCCAUGAAGAAAGGUCUUCUGAAAUCAAGAAGAAAAAGGAUAAAGCUGCUUUGUUGUCACAGACAAGAGGAUCUUCUACAAGUCAAGAAGAGGCCCCUGUCUCAAGGACAGUGGAGGCCCAAGAGCAUAAGCCUCUUUGUCAAGUUCGUGGAGAAGGGAAAGAAACACCCAAAGUUGAUUCGCAAAAGUUACAACCCCAAAUGGAGUUAUCCUUGGAGAGAACAACUUACCACAAAGAGAGGAAUCUUAGAGGUAGUCUUCGGGCCUUCUCAGCAAGUGUUUCAAGUGCUACUACCGCAGAUGAUGCUUCUAUGCACAUGUCGCCUCUUCCUCUCAGAAGGUGGCCAAAUGCAGGGACAAUCUCCUCUGAUUCAAAGAGUACUUCAGAGUAUGAGAGUAGUUCUGAAGUGCAGCCAAGUCUUGCACAUUCCUUCCAGCAUGCAUGGAACCCUCAGGAUGAUGACGAUGUCUUCCUCAAAUCAGAAAAUGUAGAUGCAGAAGGGAACAAGACGGAGCAGUCAUUAGCCAAAGCUAGAGAACUCCCCUUAGACACUAACAGCUCUUCAGAAGGCCAGGAAAGCUGUGAGGAGAUGACAUCUGCCCAAUCCUCCCAGUCCUUUGAGGUUUAUGAAGAAUGCCUAGAAUCAGGAAGUUUUAUCAUAGAUUCUGUCUCUGGAGAGCAGUUGGCUUCCAGGAGACAUUCUGAGACCUUCCAGGAGUCUGAAGAAAAGGAAGUCUCCACAGAAUCAAGUAGUUACUUUGAUAAGUACCAAAGUUCUGAGUAUCUGACCAGCUCAGAGGAAGAGCUGCCUCCUGAACGUUCCAAGCAAGCCCAGGGUCAGUGCAGAGACCAGCAAGAAGUGUCCCCAGUUUCAAGGAGUGUUCCAAAAGAAUUGAGUGUUUCUGACAAGACAGUACACUCCCUAUACACUUCUCCACUCAUUGUGAGCCCUAUUACUCAGCAGCAAUCCCCCAUUUCAGUAGCACAGGGCAGCCCUGUGCAGCCACUGCCUCCCAGCCACACCGUCAGGUCAUGGGGGAGCCCUCAGUCUGAACAUCAAGUGUUUGCAGAUCCAGAGGGCAUUGCUGCUGACUGGGACAUUUUUAUACAGCCACCAUCCAGGCCAGUACUUGAGCAACACACUUGUGCAGGUCCAGAGAUUGCUGUUUUUGAAGAGUGUACUGCUACACAGCCUGGCAGAUAUCCUUCCCAGUCCUCAAUGAGACGAAGCAUGAAGAAGGAAAUACCAUUGGGUGCAGAAAGUGCUGCAUUUGAGGGAAGUCAUUUUCUGGAGCCCCUGCCUCCUGUUUCUAUGGAGCCGCUGCCUCCUCAGCAUCAUUCUCAGACCCCAUCGAAACCCUUCAUCCAACAUCAGGCUUCUGCCUUUGAAAGAGGUGUUUGUGUGGAUCCAAGGCUUAUGGGACACCCUUUCCAGGCAUGGAAACAAUCAUUUUCAACUCUAGAGAGCACAGCUUUCGAAGGGAACCCUUCUAUGGAGCAUGUGCCUCCUACCCUUCCCCAGUCUAUACAACAGCCUUAUCAAAAUGCGCCUUUAGAAUCGGAGGCUGUUGCUGCUAAGAUCAUUUCCAUGGGCCCACUGCAUACCCAAUUUUCGGCUCAGUCAUUACUAAAUCCUCAAAGUCAACUAUUCUCAGAAAGCACCUCUGUACAAGGUGCCACUUUGGCGGAGUUACUGCCUUCCCAACCUUCAGUUAAGACCAAAUUCCAGCCACAGAUGACCCGUGGCAAUGUUCCUGCUUCGUGGGCCAUUCCUGUUUAUGCACCAGCUCCCAGAAUGCCUUCUCAGCCCUCGAUGGGAUCAAUCAUCAGCAUGGAGCCAAUGUUUUCAUGACACCCUUUGCAGCCAUGGCCACCUUCUCCAUUUGAACAAGUCUCUGCAUCCCCAGACAGGGCUGCAACACCAGCAUGGGGCAUUCCUCUUGAGCCACCAGCUCCCAGAAUGCUUUCUCAGCCCUUGAUGGGAACAGUAGUCCAACAACCAGUUUCCACUGAGUUAGACAGUAUUUCUGUGCCACAGAGCUGCACUGUGGAGCUAAUGCCAUCUAGAUUCCCUUUUCAGCCAAGAGUAGAUCCAGAGAGUUAUGGAGCAGAGGAGGGAGUUUCUGUAAUAAUGAGGUCUGUAAGACACCAUUCCCAGCCCCCAAUAAGCACAGGAUUCAAGGAAGACAUUUCCUUAGAUUCAAUGAGAGUUCCUGGAGAAUGGGGCAUUCCUAUCGAACCACUGCCUUCCAAAUAUGCUCCUCAGCAAUGGUUGGGCCCUGAAUUUGAACAACAAACCUCAAGUCUAGAAGGUGUUGCCCAAGAGGGGGGCAUUUCUAAAGAGGCAUGGCUUUCCAGAAAUCCUUCCCAAACCGUUAUCAAACCACAAGUCCAGAAAACACCCUCAAGUUUUGAGGGUACUUCUAUGGAGGGAGGUAUUCCUUGGAAGCCACUGCCUGCCAAAGCUCCCAUCCAGUUCUUAACGAGAUCUAAAGUUCAGGAAAUGUCCUCCCAUCCCGAGAGUGCUGUCACUCCAGGCAGCACUAAGAAAGCCUGGGAUAGCAGGGCUUCCUCCCAGUCACUUGUGAAAUUCAUGGCUGAGCAAAUCUUUUCAGAGAGCAGUGUUGGCGAAACUGACAUUUAUGCAAAGCCCACGUUUCGGACUCGAAGCCGUCCUUCCAGAUCCUUGUUGAAGCCAAAACUUGAGGAGCAAGCUUUCUUAUAUAACUGGGAUGAUGAACCCAAGGAAGACACUUUGAAGAAUCUGCUCAUGAGGCAGUCUUCACAGUCACCCAGGAGGCCCGAAGAGCCCCAGGAAGGUCUGUCAUAUUCUGAAGGCACCCCUGUGAAGUGGAGCAGUGCUGCAAUGGAUGUCUCUCAGUCCCUGGGAAAGCUUGAGUACAGGCAGAAAGUGUCAGCCUCUGCCAGUUUUCCAGAAGAAUGGAAGAGGUCUGAAGGACAGCUGUCUUUCACACAGCCUUCUCAAGCCUUUGAUGUAUCUGAGACCCUAUCAACAGAGUCUGCAAAUGUGGAGUGGAGCCAUCCUGAGGAGCACCAGCCACCGGGUCAGCCUUUCUUGAUCACCGACUAUCAGCAACAAGUUUAUUUAAGUUCUGUUAAUGCUGCUGCAGGAGGAAUCGUUUCUCCGAAGAAUACUGGCAGCUGGUCCAUGCCCAAAUGCCCAGAUUCUCCAAAGAAAACCAUGAAAUACCCACAAGGCUAUGAAGACUUCAUUAAAAGCACCUCAACUUCUGUUACCAAACCUAGCAAGCACACUACUGUUCCUGCCCAGAAAGCAUUUGUUUCCCCAGGCGCUUGCUCUACGGAGGAAGGUCCUCAGAGUCGUGAAGGAGGUGAGAGUCCUUCAUCCACCAGCAAGGCUGAGGUGGAAAAUGUUUUUGGAGUACGACUGCGAAGAAUCUCACAGAAGAGUGGGCUAGAGAAUCCAGACCCUUUCAUGCCAGUCCUCCCGGCAAGCAAAGAGUCGAUGAACAAAGGUGCUCCCCAGGGCAUCAGUGGAGGCCUAGAGAAGCUCAGCCAAACAGUUAGCUAUGCAGAAAAGCAAGGGAACAGGUCUAAAUAUGAAGGCACUUUCAAGAAACCAGCAAUUUACAGGCCUCCAGAAAAGAUCGGCAGUUGGAAGGCAGAUUGCACUGCAGAGCCAGCUUGGAUCAACGUGGCAAAACAGAGGCAAAAGGGCUUUGUUUCCCAGUUUCCUAAAAAAACUAAGACCAGAACUGAAAUCAAGGCUGAGAUGAAGGAACCAAGAUAUGAGUCAAAAUAUGAUCCAAACUCAGAAAUUCCACCAAAGGAAGAGGAACCCACAACUGACGUCCCGUCAAGAAUGACCUCUUCUUCAAGUGUUACCAGACAGGAGAUGCCAAAGCUGUCCAAGUCUAUAAAAUCAGUUGGAUUUGAUGAUCAGAACAUGCUUCACCCGCAAGGGAAGGAGAGAGAAACCAGACGCUCUUCAAGUCUGCCACCCAAAUUUUCACCACCUGAGGAGCCUGUGUGGUUCUCAAUGGCCAAGAAGAAGGCCCAAGCAUGGAGCCAAAUGACAGAAAACAUGCAAUAA